GGUAAGGCGUCCUCGCCUCUUUGAGGGACUGCGGGUGACGCUCUCAGUGUGUUGUUUUGACGUGGCCGCUACGUCUGUGCAGAGCCAUCCACUGGCGGCGUCCCGUGAGCGGUGACGAGGCAGACUACGUAAAGGGGACAAAUGACCAUGGAAACAGUUGAAAAUCAGCAAGAUGGCAAUGUAAACGAUUCAGUGACAGAAUCCAUCCAGAUACAAACUCAGAAUUCUCAGAAUCAAAUCUCUACCAUUGCACAGAUAUCUAUAGCUGGGACUACAGUUUCCUCAGGGUCUCCAGCUGUAACUGUUGUAACAUUGCCUUCUGGUCAGACUGUGCAAGUCCAGGGAGUAAUCCAAGCUGCACAACCCUCUGUCAUUCAGUCACCACAGAUACAGACUGUUCAGGUAGCAACCAUAGCGGAAACAGACGAGUCUGGAGAUUCGGUUGAGGUUGUGACUGACUCACAAAAGCGGAGGGAGAUACUGUCGAGGCGACCUUCCUACAGAAAAAUCCUAAAUGAAUUAUCUUCGGAUGCACCUGGUGUUCCAAAGAUUGAUGAAGAAAAAUCUGAAGAAGAGGGAGCAACCGCUGCUAUCACAACAAUGGCAGUACCGACAUCUAUCUACCAGACAAGUACUGGUCAAUACAUUGCAAUUGCCCAAGGCGGAACGAUCCAGAUUGCAAAUCCAGGGGCUGACGGUGUCCAGGGACUACAGACUCUUACAAUGACAAAUGCUGGAACGCCACAGCCGGGGGCCACCAUUGUGCAAUAUGCUGCACAAUCGAGUGACGGCACACAACAGUUCUUUGUUCCAGGCAGCCAAGUUGUUGUGCAAGCUGCCACUGGAGAUAUGCCAACUUACCAAAUACGAACCCCAACUACUACCCUACCUCAGGGAGUAGUGAUGGCAACAUCACCAGGGACGCUGCACAGUCCACAACAGUUAGCAGAAGAGGCGACACGGAAACGGGAGCUCAGGCUAAUGAAAAACAGGGAGGCUGCCAAAGAAUGUCGACGUCGAAAAAAGGAAUAUGUAAAGUGUCUGGAGAGUCGCGUUGCAGUGCUGGAAACCCAAAACAAGCAGCUAAUCGAGGAACUCAAAACUUUGAAAGAACUUUAUUGUGAUAAAUCAGAGUAGUAUUUGUAAACUUGAGUUCUGACCAUUUUUGAUGUCUACAGAGCUUUCUUUGAAGAUGAAGCUACUCCAAGCUUCAGACUGCUUUUUAUUUUUUUUAAAUUUUUUUUUGCUUUGCAAAACUAGGUAAACAACAUUGGAACCUUUAACCUGUAACAUUCCUCAAAGUUAUUCACAGUAAUAUAUUUUGUUAAGUGUUUGUUGUAUUACUAAAAUUUUGUGAAAAAAGAACAAAAAAACUUUUGUAAAAACUAUUAGUUAAGUGUGUAUAUACAUAAUGCCAUACCCUGUUACAAUGCAAUGCAGUACUUGCUGAAGUUCUAUUUGUUAAGCAUUAUUAAUAUUUUUAUGUGUUGCUCAUAUGCUGUCUGGAGAAUACAAUGUAAUUAUUUUUACAAGUGUUUAUUGCUUUUUUAGUACCCUAUUAUAUCAAUAUAAAUCCUUAAAGUAUGUAAGGUAAUACAGUAGAAACAAUUCAGAUGAAAUUUGCCCUAUAUGAAAAUGCAACUGUACCUUUAAAAAGGAGAAUUUAGAAAAGAGAAAAGUAUGUUAUUGGCUAAUUAUAUGUAAAGAGAGUGUUAUAUUCAGUAUAUUUGCUGAACAGUUGGAAUUUUUGAUUAAUUUCUGACUUUUUUUAUACAUGUUAUUCUGUGAAACAGCUCUGUACUGCUGUCAGUCUAUCGCUUAUGUAGUUGAAGGAUUGCAGAUUUUAAUAGAACCACAUUGGUUAUAAAAAACCUUAUGUUUUUUGCUUCAGUUUAAAGAAAAAUG